UGCCAAGUCUCCGAACUGUUCAGUACAUCUUCACUAACUUGAAACACUUGGAAGGAAAAUAAUAUUGUAAAGGAAAGGAAGGAUUAUUUAAUAAGCAAAAUUUCAAUGUCAACAAUAAAAAGUAUCACAUUAGAAGAAAAAAUGAAGAAGAAUCCUCAAUUGAAGUUAUUUAUACAAUCACUGAGAGAAUGGUGCAAGAAACAACCGCAUUUGCCAAAAAUUGAGGAUUCCUUUCUUGCUUUGAUUCUUCAUAAGAAUGAUUAUCAAAUGGAACCAACGAAAAACACAAUUGAGAAUUAUUACACGAUCAGGACGCACUUACCAGAAUUUUUUGGUAAUCGAGAUCCGCUCAGGGAAAAGACUUGGCUACAACAAGACUUCAAAAUCACGACUGCUUUUCCUCUGAAAGCAACAACAAAGGAUGGCUAUAAAAUAUCAUAUGGAUCAAUACUAGACCCCGAUUCUUCUCUCUAUGACUUUAAUAACGCUCUCAGGAAGGCCUUGAUGUCAAUUGACGUAAAUAUUUUGAUAGAUGGUAUUACGGAUGGUUAUGUCAUGAUUUUCGACAUUAGCAAAUUAUCCUUUGGUCAUGUUACACGAAUGAGUCCAUUGGCAUUAAAAAAAUUUUUAUAUUAUUUCCAAGAGGCAGCACCAUUUCGUCUAAAGGAAAUCCAUGUCUUAAAUGCGCCAUCCGCCAUAGAAUUCUUAAUGAACACAAUAAAACCUUUUAUGAAGAAAGAACUGAUAGACAUGGUACAUUUUCAUUCAUCGUUAAAGAGCCUUUCCGAAUAUAUCCCAGUGGAUGCGUUGCCAAACGAAACGGGCGGAAAAGCGGGUUCUGUACAUGAAUUCAAUAAAAUUGAAAUGAAGAAAAUCGAGGAUUAUCGUGAAUGGUUUCUGCUGGACAAUACCAGAUGUGUUAACGAAGCAUUAAGAAUUGGCAAGAGCAAAUCAGCGAGUGAUUUGUUUGGUAUAGAGGGCAGUUUUAGAAAACUCGAUAUAGAUUAAAAAAGAUUUACAGCGCGCUAACUUCAUACGAUUUAUAGCUAACUCUAUUCUUGUGAAUCUCUUUUAAUAUAAUUUUGAGCUUUGUAUUUUGUAUUGUUUUAUUAUGUAAUUAUU